GCGGGUUUACAGUCUCGGUGCUCGUGUGUUCGAAGGAAAGCGCUUCUGGAGAGAUUCGCGGCCUUGUAUCAACAUUAUAUGAGCGAAAAAGGAAUAAACAAGUUUUGUUGGGUGUCGUUUUCCAUGCAACCGGAAGAAACCGUUGGACCAAAACAAACCGAAUUCACGGGGAUGGUUAAAUGGUCUUGAACGAUCAAACAUGAUUAGAGGACAGAAUGUGAAGGAGUGAAGUCAAUACAAUCAGCAUCUGUUUUUUUAUUAGCAUUAAUUUUAUUUCUUAAGAGGAUGGCGUACACAAAUUAUAGCUCACUAAACCGAGCUCAGCUCACCUUUGAGUAUCUGCACACAAACUCGACAACCCAUGAGUUUCUUUUUGGAGCUUUGGCCGAACUUGUGGACAACUCGAGAGAUGCGAAUGCAACACGGAUAGACAUCUUAACAGAAAAGAGACCGGAUUUGAGAGGCGGUUUUAUGCUUUGUUUUCUUGACGAUGGCACUGGAAUGGACCCCAGUGAAGCCACACAUGUUAUCCAGUUCGGCAAAUCGAGUAAACGAUUCCCAGAAUCCACUCACAUCGGCCAGUAUGGAAAUGGAUUGAAGUCGGGUUCAAUGCGAAUUGGAAAGGACUUCAUUCUUUUCACCAAAAAAGACAACAAAUUAACCUGUUUGUUUUUGUCACGAACAUUUCAUGAAGAAGAGGGGCUGGAUGAGGUGAUUGUUCCGCUGCCAAGUUGGGAUUUGCAAACCCAGCAACCUCUAUCUCAAGAUCCGGAGAAAUACGCUAUCGAGACUGAACUGAUCUUUAAGUAUUCUCCCUUUAAGAAUGAAGAGCAGCUGUUUCGUCAGUUCAAGAAGAUUGAAGGACCAAGUGGUACUCUUGUUGUAGUUUAUAAUCUGAAGUUGAUGGACAACAGAGAGCCAGAGUUAGAUGUGGAAACCGACCACCAGGACAUUUUGAUGGCCGGGACACCUGUUGAAGGAGUAAAACCGGAGAGAAGGUCAUUCCGUGCGUAUGCUGCGGUCCUUUACAUCGACCCCAGAAUGAGGAUCUUUAUUCAGAGCCACAAAGUCCGAACCAAAAGAUUGUCCUGUUGUUUGUAUAACCCAAGGAUGUACAAAUACACAUCAACGCGUUUUAAAACCCGUGCGGAACAGGAAGUCAAGAAAGCAGAUCACCUUUCAAAACUCGCUGAGGAGAAGGCAAAGGAGGCGGAGAGUAAAGCAAGAGCUCUGGAGCUGAAGCUUGGUGAUGAUUUAUCCAAAGACGCCAGAGCUGCUCUGAGAAAAGCACAAGAUUCGGCUUCAGCACUGCGCUCAGAAGCUACCAGAAAACAAGCCAUCCAUGCAUCCAAACAAAAAGCUUUGAAAGAACCCAAGGAGCUGAACUUCAUCUUCGGCGUUAACAUCGAAAGACGAGAUCAGGAUGGAAUGUUCAUCUACAACUGCAGUCGUCUCAUUAAGAUGUACGAGAAGACGGGACCACAGCUGGAGGGUGGAAUGGCGUGUGGGGGUGUUGUAGGGGUGGUGGAUGUACCCUAUCUAGUGCUUGAACCAACUCACAACAAGCAAGACUUUGCAGACGCUAAAGAGUACAGACAUUUGUUGAGAGCAAUGGGAGAAUAUCUCGCCCAGUACUGGAAGGACAUCGGUAUAGCUCAGAAAGGGAUAGUUAAGUUCUGGGAUGAGUUCGGUUAUUUGUCGGCCAACUGGAACUCCACCCCAUCACACGAACUUCGGUUUCGCCGACGGAGAGCCAUGGAGAUACCAGUCACCAUCCAAUGCGAUAAGUGUUUAAAAUGGCGGACGCUGCCAUUUCAGAUGGAUGCUGUGGACAAGCGCUACCCAGACAGCUGGGUGUGUCUCAUGAACCCAGAUGGAACGCAGGACAGGUGUGACGCCGCUGAGCAGAGACAGAACUUGCCCAAUGGCGUGUUGAAAAAAGACAUCAAGACAUCGGAUGAGAAACAAAAAGAUCUGUCGGAAAAAAUCCGCCAACAGCAGGAGAAACUGGAGGCCCUCCAGAAAACAACAACGAUAAAAUCGUCAGCGGAUAUAAAACAGCUCCCUCUAGAUGUCAGAACAAAACCUGCAGAAGCUCAGCCAACGCGCUCAUCCCAGCGAACAGCGCCGCGUCCGCGCUCGCCGCCUCUUCCUGCUGCAGUCAAAAGAGCCGUUAGUCAGCCUCCAGCAGCGAAGACCCCACCCCCUAAACCCACAACGCCCUCACGUCCCACCCGGACUCCACCUGCACCUCCACCUAAAGCUAAGCAAUCACCCGCCCCUACUGCAAAGGUGGCAAAGACCGCCCCUAAACCUGUAGCCACGCCCCCAGCUCCACCUUCAAAGCCAGCAGCUCGCAGAAGCGCCACCCUGAGCCGUGCUGCUACACCAUCGUCUACCAAAACUCCAGUCAAACAAACUUCAGCCAGCAAGAAAGUAAACGCAAAGAAGAGUAAAGUCCAGAAAGAGGAAGAUGAAGAGGAGGAAGAGAGUGAAGAGGAAGAGGAGGAGGAGGAGGAAGAAGAAGAAGAAGAGGAGGAGGAAGAAGAAGACGACAGUGCGUCAGAGGAGGAUGAACCUCAGCCCAAGAAAUCAAAGAUGGCAGCGAAGGCUCAGAAUCGAGGAAAAAACGUUGCGGAAAAAAAGCCAACACCAGCCAAACAGACCAUUACAGAGCUUGUCAGUAAUAGUAAUGCUAUUACUGAAGAUCUAAAGAAAGAUGCAACAAAAAAUGCUCAAAAAGAUAAAGGUAUUCAGGUAGAGGCGAAGGUGAAUGGAGAGUGGUUCACAGGUCGUGUAACAGCAGUAGAGACGGCGAAGGAGAACGUGCGAUGGAAGAUCAAGUUUGACUAUGUUCCCAUGAACACUCCGAGGGACCGAUGGGUGUUUAAAGGCAGCGAUGAUGUCCGUCUUAUGUGUCCCGCCUCUCCGGAGUCACAAAGUCCAGACACCAACCAGGUUCCAGCGCGGUCUGUAACUCCGCCCACCGCUGCCGAACCCGACACGACUCAGAGCGGUCCGAGUAGAGAGACAACAGAAGGCCUUGUGACCAUGAUGAGGACGUUGCUACGGUAUUUCUUCCCGCCGGAUUUCCGAAUCCCUAAAGAUUCUGUUAACACUAUGAGCGCAGAGGACCUUGUGGCCUUUCCUCUCAAAGAGUAUUUUCAGCAGUAUGAGGCCGGGUUGCAGAGCUUGUGUAAUUCCUAUCAGACCCGAGCAGAGUCACGUGCACGAGCCGUGGAGGAAAAGAGCAGCGGAGCAGAGGCCAAACUCAAAGAGUCUGAAGAAAAACUUCGCAAACUGCGAACGAACAUCGUAGCUCUGCUGCAGAAAGUUCAGGAGGACAUAGAGAUCAGCUCUGAUGAUGAGCUGGAUGCAUACAUUGAAGAUCUGGUCACUAAGGGAGAGUGAAACUCUGCAUCGUCUCAGUUUAUUUUCAUUUUCACUCUACAUCUGCUUCAUACAGUUUGAGCACGACUGCCGGAUGACUGGAGACGAUUGCUGGUCCGUCACGUUUUUUCUCCUUACCAAUCUACAGUCACACUUCAACAUAAACUUUAGUUCAAACGCAUGGCUCGAAUCACCUGCCGAGUCCUGAAGUGCUCUCCAUUGAUCUUGUGAGCUGCAGGUGCAGAGAGGUUUAACUGCAUGUAGAACCUUUAUUUGAUUUCACAAAGAUUAUCAGUUCGUGUUGGGCUAUAUUCCGGUCCUCAGUGUUAUAAAGUUUCAUUUUUGUCUCUGAACUGCUGAUUUUAAAGAGUCCGCAGCUGUUUUUAUGGCUCGCAGGGACUCCUUGCAAAGCAGUUUGUUUAUAAGUGAGUUUGAAAAUGAGCUUUAACUUGCUGCUAUGUUAUCCGUAUUGUCUCAAGUUUGAGUUAUUUCAAGUUUCUUUUUUUCCCCCUACCUGGAUAUGACAUCACAUUUGUGUUUUAAAUUCUACCUUUCCGUUACCUUUUUGGGAAUAAACACUGAUCCGAUGCUGUUAACCUCUCCAGUUACAGUAUUUAGUCUUCAUCUUUAUAUCUAAGAAUAUUUUUUAAAAAGUUUUAUUAAAACAGUCCAUUAAAGUUAAA